CCGAAAGUUGCCGGCAUGAGAAAAUCUUUUAAACACCGAGAUGGACAAAAAUGAAUAAUUUUAAGCCCUUUUAUCUAUUCCUUUUAUUGUUAUCGUCUGUGAUAUUUAUAUAUUUAAGUUUUAAAAGUGUUGUUUUACUCACAAUUUUAGCAGUUGCUGUCAUAUGGGGCUCGAAUGUCGUAAACGGCUCCUGGAAAAGUACAAAUACUCAAAAUUUAACAGCAUUGAAAUUGAAAAAACCAAAACCAUUCUCACAUGAAAAGAAAACGAAAAUAAAAUUAAGCAGCAAGAAGAACAGUUACGAUCGGUCAUACAAACAGCUUUUUAAUGUAAACAGCGAAUCAGAUAUGCCAUCCACAGUUAAACUGACACCAGGUCCCAAUCGACAAAAAACGUCAGUUCGCAGAAGUCAAACUUUUUCAUCUCAAUCUCCAUAUCUACGGACGUCACUGUUGAACAGUUCAUGCUCCUUUCUAGAGCACUCGGAUGGCAACUUUUCCAUUUCAUCAUCGAAUGGACAUUCAAGAUCUCCAGCACCAUUUUUACCAUCAAUCAAAAGAGCACUUGGGGUAUCAGAAUACUCACCAAGACAGGAAAGUCCAGUUGUUCAUCAAUCUUACCAAAACUAUCCUUCACAAGCAUCACCAGGAUUCAUUCCUGCAGUUAGACUCAUAAAACGAGAAAGGUCACAUUUAGGUCACCAGAAAUCACCAUCAGUAAGGAGUUCCAAUAUAGUGAGGAUUGGUCCACCAGAGCCACAUAAAUUGUCAAGUCCAAGAUUAUUUCAUAUACAAACAAGCAGUUCUGAUUCAAGGAGAACACCAGACACUCAAGCAGUUAUAUUAGCUCUAAAAGAGAAAAGUUUGAAGAGAAGUUAUGGAGGCUAUGACCAUGAUACAUCAUACACAGAUUACCCAGUACAGCAAGCCAAGAGAAGACGACAAGACAGUCAACAAUCAAAUUCAUCAACCUCCUCUUUGCCACCAUUGCCUGAUAGUCUGCCAGACCUGUCGUCAUCAGGUUAUACAAUACCUCGUCUAGAAACACCCACGUUGAAGAGAUCAGCUCUCAUUGAUGACUGGGAUGAUUCUUGUAGUGCUAAAAAGUUAAGAAAAGAUGGACGUGUUAAUUCUAUACUGAGUUCCUUAAGUUCUAGUCAGAGGGUAGCAGAAAAGGAUAAUCUAGUGAAACGAAAAGUAUCAACAAAUGGCACAGAAAAUAAUCAGUCUAUAUCCAAACAGGCAAGGAAAGACAAAAAUGAAAAAGUAUUAUUAGACAGAUCAGAUACAGUUAUAAUAUCGACUAAAGAAGGUGUUGAGGACACACCUACUAAAGAAACAGAUACACCUGUCAAGGACACAUCACUCAAUACAUCUGUGACUGUAGAUAAACCAAAGCUGGAAAAGAUGGUAACACUCAACCAAAGCUUCACAGCCAGAAAGAGGCAGAUGUCUUUAUACUCAGGGCUCAAUAAAAGUUUCCAGAAGGUACCACAUGCUAAUGUUAUUGCUAGUAUGGAAGACUAUGAAAAUGAUAUGGGUGCUGAGAAGAAGAGAGUUCAAGACAUGCUAGAAGGAAUUCAUCAGGCUGAGACUGAGAAAGAAAAGGAAAAAGAGGCACAAGAAAACUCCAAGGCAUUUUCAACAUCAGUCAAAGCAAGUGAAAUAGUGCCUACAAUUACACAGGUUUCAGCAUUUCAGACAACUGGUUUAGUAACAACAGCAACCUUGUCUGUAUCAUCUGCUGGUUUGUCAUUGACAUCAGCUGGUCCAAUAUCAUCAUCUACUUCUACAAGCUCUGUAACAACGACUUUAGCUUCCAAUCCUAUGAUGUUUAAAUUUGCUACUGUGAAAAGUUCUAGUCCGCUCAAAACAACAACUAAAGUUGGUUUAAUGUCAGGUUCAUCCCCUAUUGGAGGAAUAAGUAGUAGUGCUGGAGGAAACACUACUACAGUAACAUCAGCAGGGAUGGCUCUUUCUACUGGAUUCUCUGUUUCAGCAGUUUCUGCUAGUGGUGCUUCUACAUCAGUAGUACCUCCAUUUGGAUUGAAUACAGCACAAGGAACAAGUGCUCCAUCAGGAAUAAGUUUUGGAACAAACGUUACUCCAGCUUCUUCUACAUCUUCACAAUCUGGAUUUAAUUUUGGAUCUCAGCCAGAGUUGUCUUCUGUUCCAGGUUUUGGGACCACACCGUCAACAACUCCUUCCAUGACAACAACAGCACCACCACCUUACAGUUUUACAACAAAUGUUACCAAUGCUCCUUUGGCUACACCAACAGCAUCAGGUUUUAAUUUUGGUUCUGCCACCUCUGCCCCUGGUGCUCCUGGUACUGGGCAGUCAGCAUCAGUAUUUGGAACACAACAAGGUGCUCCAGCUUUUGGAGCCCAAACUCAGACAUCACAACCAUUUGGAACUCAGCCACCACCUGCAUAUGGAUCUCAGUUGUCAACACCUUCAUUUGGUGCUACACAGCCUCAAUCCACAGCUUCGUUUGGUAUGCAACCAUCUUCUAAUGCCACUUUUGGACUGGCUACUACUACCGCAAAUACUACCGGCACUAAUCCAACGGCUUCAACAUUCAACUUUAAACCGUUUAAUCAAACACCUGCUCAGCAGCCAACAACACAACCUUCCAUGUUUGGAAGUCAACCAAGUGCAGGUAUUUCAUCCUUUGGGUCUGCAGGAUCUACAGCCACAACAACUCCAGGAUUUGGAAGCACACCAUCUUCAUUUGGACAAGCAACUUCUACGGCUCAGUCAGGAGGGUUUAACUUUGGAGCAAGCACUCCAUCUUUUGGAAGUCAAGGUAUUUCUGGUUUUGGACAAACCAGUUCUUCUAGUGCAAAACAAUUUGGUACAGCAGGAUUCGGAGCUGCAUCUACACAGCCUGGAUUCUCUGUUACGACUGCAAGCACCACAUUUGGUCAAGGAACAACAAAUAUGUUUAGCAAAACUACCACAACAGCAAGUUCAUUUGGUCAAGGGUCAUCUGGCUUUGGGACUUCAUCAGGUACUGGAUUUGGGACCACUGGACCAUUUGGACAAAGUUCAGUACCAAAAUCAACAAGCAGUGCCUCAUUUGGACCAUCAUUUGGACAAGGGGGUACAACAUCAGGACCAACAUUUGGUCAAGGGAGUACAUCAUUUGGAACUACUACCAAAACAACAGCCAGUGGUUUUGGGGGUACUACAGGAUUCUCAUUUGGUCAAGCCUCCAACACUUUUGGGACUGCUAGCACACAGGCAAGCAGUUCUGGAAACUUUGCUUUUGGAACACCUGCAAAAACAACUCAGCCAGCUGCUAAUGCAGCCUAUAAUUUUGGAUCUUCUAGUGGAGUGCCCUCUACUCCAAACAAUAAAGGUGGAGGAGGAUUUGAUUUCUCAGCAUCAACAACGCCAUCAAACACAGGAGGAGGAGGUUAUAAUUUCAGUGCCAAUGCAAGCUUUGGAACUCCAACUGGAAUGGCAACACCUGUCUUUGGGACACCCACAGGAGGAGGUACACCUAACAUGUUUAGUGUAGGGGGUACAGGAAGUAUACCAAAGCCAAGAGUAGCUCGUGGAAGGAGGAGAGGUGGUCGAGGACGUUGAUCUCAACAAAACAACUGAUAUUACACGUAUGUUGCCAUGGUGAUCUCUAGUUUUACAAAUAAUUUGGAGAAAUAUGGCAGGUCAAAUGAUGAAAGAGAGAUGUUCUAGAUAAAGUGACAGUUGAGAAUAGUAACAAUUGUUUUUUAUACAAGAGAUUGACAUUAACAAUCCUGUACAAGAUCAUGAAGAUGACAGUGUAUUGUCCAAAAGACAAUAAGCCAAAGUCUUUCUUCAUCUCUAGAUCUGUUAAUCAUAGGAAUGUCUUACAUCUAUCAGGUUGUCUAUGCUAUGCUUUUGAUCUAUGAUAAAUAGAAACUUGCAUGAUCUAGUGCAAAAUUCUUUACGUAAACAUUUAUUUAUUGCUCAGAUCUAUGGAAAAAAAAACAUCUUUUGUAACAGUUUAUAUGCAGCUUUCCAAAAUAGUCAGUUUUAUAAAAGAAAGACUUAAUAAAUUGAAUGUUAGUUCUUGGAAAUAACUAACUGAUCAGGAGCAAUGAAGAGCUGUGAUAACAGACAGAUAUUCACCUUCCCAUGUAAUAUAUUGUUCAUACAAAAACAUUUCCUGUGGAUUGACGAAAAAUUGUAUUUUCAUUGAUAUAUAUGAUUUUGUGGUUGUGCCAGUCUUCAUUCAAGCAUAAAGAAGAUUUGUAUUACUUUGAACCUUUUAAUCGUGGUUCACAUUUACCCACAAAAAUUGGUAUCUCACGAAUAAUUAAACUAUAGUAAUGAAUUCUACCUGUUGAAAAGGGAAGUUAAUUGUAGUAAAGUAAAAUUGUUGUCAGAGUCAAAUUCAUGCUUUGCAGAAUAUCUGAUGGAAAGGGCUAUUGAUCAAAAUUUGUUAUUUAGGCAAUGCAUUUUAUACAUAGAAGAAUUUAUGCAGAUUGACAUAUUUUAGGAAAAAAAUUCACUGCCUCAGAAUUUUUUUACUUUUGAAGAUCUUUCUUCAAAAGCAUGAGUAUGAUGAAAUAUUAAGAUUUCUGUUUGACAGAAAUAGGAAGCAAAUAUCUUACUUCACCUAGAGAAGAAUUACAAUAUGUUGAUGUUUUUUAAAUAUACAAUUUCAUUGCCUUAUCGAAAAUCUGGUAUCAUUUUGAUCAUGUAGAAUUAUUACAGAACUUUUGGUGGGUACAUGAGUUGCCUUAUUGGCAAUCAUACCACAUCUGAUUUUUUGUAUUAGUGCCUAUACUAAUUUAAAUAUUAAGGGCUGUUUGUCGAAUAUUUAUUUAUUGUAAACUUUAAUAUGGAUGCUUUAAAAUGAUAUGCUGCAUUUAACAUUUGUAAUUAUUAAUUUGUAGUCAUACAGAAGAACAGUGUUCAGACAUUAUAAUUGUCAUUUUUGUGCUACAAAAAUGGAGGUCAAUGAUUGUUUUUUUUUGUAUUGUUGCUCUUUAAUUUAUGUGCAUUUGGCAAUUUAGAGUUAGACUUGAGGUAUAGACACUUGUUUACUGAAGAUUGCAUGGUGACCUCUAGAUGUCACUGGUGUUUUUUGUACUGUCAGAUUGCCGUCUCAUUAACACAUUGUGAGAGCUUAUUUUGAUUUUCCACUGGUUUCAGAUGCAUUCUAUUUUCAGGGUAAUUUAUAAAGAGUAUUUUACACAAGAUGAAUGAAUAGUAACUGUUUGAAAAUAGUAGUACUUCCAUUGAAAUUCUUCAUAUUUGAUAUUUAGGGAUCAUUAAGAAACAAUGGAAACAUCUUCCACAAUGUUACAUUAUCAUGGUAUAUUUUAUUUUUUCAAGUUUUACAUCAGGAAGUUUUUGUACUUGUGGUGAGGUCAAGGUUCAAGGUCAUAUUCUAAAUUUUGACCUUUGUGACAAAAACUAAGAUUUUGUAGUUUAUAACACAAUCAUGAUUAAAUGAAAUAAAACUGUUAUUACUGUU